AUAAUUUAUGCCCUACUUUGUGCCAGUUUUCUGUUCAUCCAAAAGAACAAUGAAAGUGGAAAAUUGAGAGUCGAGGUAUGUCCACGGGGAUGAUAUAUUUAGUAAGAUAUAUACUUUACAGGCCAGUGGAGUUGCUGCAUUCGUUGGUCUGGUUUGCGGUUUGUCCCGAUGCAGUUGCCGUACUUUCGGGAAGUGCGAUUGUUUACGGAAUUCAGAGAGUAAUCGUUGAGAAGAACGCAAAUCCUGCUGUAAAAACACUUUAUAGAGAUGGAAAACUUAAUUUAGAUAGAAAACCCUUCCAGUAAUUGAUUUGUAGUAUUGUCUGUAUAUGUGAGAUUGUAUUUUUCCGUGUGAACUCUUAGGAAGACGCGCCUGUUUCAAGGCAAGUCGCAGGUCUACUUAAGCUAAUAGUUACAUUGCUAAAUUAUUACAUGCGUUUUUGCCUCAGGAUUAAGUUUUGGGGUUCAAUUUUAAAGUUUAGCUAUAGUGAGCUGUUUCCUAUGAUAUAUUAUGGCGGGGACAAUUGUAGCCUUUCAGUCCCAGCUUUCUGGGGUGAUGGAAGCUGUGUUUAAAGCUGCAAUGUUUGAGAUCACUCGUUUGGUGGAGGACUCUUUUUUAGAAGAGGUCACCCGCUGCAGAGAACAGGUGAAGACACUGCAAAGAAAGCUCAAAUUGACUGAGACUCGAAGGAAGCAAAGAGUGGCAGACACCAACCAGAGAUGUGCCAACUGCAGGGGCACAAGAGCUGGGCAGCAGUCGUCAAGUGAGCAGACCGCGGAAGUGCAGACAGAAUCACUUGUCAAACAGGAAAGUGAAAUGUCAGAAGACGUGAACAGCCCUCAGGCAGAAGAGGAAGUAAAAUGUGAUGUAAAAAACUCUCCCAAAGCUGCCCCGUCCACAUGUGCCCAAAGUAAAAAACUAAAGAGAGGGAAAAGGUCCUCCGAUCUUCAGGACGUGUCAAAGUGUGUUAUGAAAAGAGACAGCAGUGAUGAUGAACCCAGCAUUCCUGGAUCAAGCAGCCAGUUGAGUGACCCUAAAUAUCAACUCAAUUGGGAAGCUAACUUUGAACAGAAACAGUCUGAACAAAAUGGCGAAACAGACUAUUCAUCUGAUCCUUUGUUUCAAAACCGUUAUGACAUGGACAACUUGAACAACUCGAGCUAUGAAGAUACUAAUGCUACUGGCAUAGAUGCCGAGGAUGACGACCUUGUAUAUAUGGGCCAAUAUGAAGACAAAGCAGAUGACCCUCAAACAUGUCAGACAGAUGAAAGCAAAGAAAAUGAUGGGACCUGGUCUUCCCCUACUGAAGACAUCGACUGUUUACUAAUAAAUGAGGAAGGGCACCUACAAAAUCCAGACAAUGUAAAUUGUGAUCAUGUGGAUUCAGACCAAAAUGUAAGGGAUGAGUUUAACUGUGGUGAUAAUAUGUCUUCAGAUAGAACAAAUGACAUGCUCGAGGAAACAAAUACCAUCACGGAUAUAUCUCAUAUGAUUGAGAUGUUGCAACAACAGACAAUGGAAAAUGGACUACAUACGUGUAACUUGUGCCUUGCUACUUUCCCUGACUCAGCUACUCUGAAGGCACACAAGCAGACGCACAAAGAGCCAGAGAAAGGCCUUCCAUAUUUAUGCAACCAGCGUCGUAAAACAUUCACCCGCAACUGUAACCUCAAAAGUCAAGGGCCACAUCUUUGUGGUCACUGCGGUAAGGCUUUUCCAUCUUUGUUCAAGUUACAGAAACACAAAUGUGAACAUAUGGGGGACAAGCCAUACAGUUGUGCAGUUUGUGGGAACAAGUUUAGUCGUCUUUGGAAUCUAAAGUUGCAUCAGAGAAUACACACACAAGAGAAGCCUCAUCAUUGCUCUAUGUGUGAUAAAAGCUUCACUCGGGCAGACAUUUUGAAGGUACACGAGCGAACACACACAGGAGAACGGCCAUACUGCUGCCUCGUUUGUGGACUCAGCUUUAAAAGGCUUGACCAUCUGAAAUCCCAUCAGCGAAAACAUGUGCCCGAUCAUAUGACACAUCGAGCAAAUGUUUACAAUUUAGACGUUCUCGUACUCAUCUACUACCACGCGUUUUUGUUAUUGCACGUUUAUUACCAAAGGGACCGUGUCAUGGCGGACAUAGACGCCCUCAUAGUGAGUUUCCAGACUCAGCUGUCAGAUGUGAUGGAGACUGUGGUGAAGACGGCCAUGUACGAGGUGACCCGGCUGGUGGAGGACAGUCUGUUACAGGAGCUGAAGGCGAGGGGCCAGGAGGUAGAGAGGCUGAGGGCACAGCUGCAGAGAACUGAGAAACAACUCAAUGGUCAAGGAGCCAAGGAAGAACCGAGGACUGAGAAGUGUGCUGAAGCCAUAAAGGAUGAAGAGGAAAAGCAGAAAGAACACACCGAUUUUCUUAAUGGAGGCCAUGAGGUAGAUGACAGAAGCAACCAUGCAAGUAAAUCUGGGCUAAUACAUGAACUGGAAAAGACAGCUGCUUCUUUUAGCCCAGUUUGGGCACCACAGGUUAAUGCAACAGACUCUAUAAAACUAAUUGACAACAUAAUGAAAGAAGCAGUUGAGCCAAAGUCCUGUUCGUCUUUGACUUUGGAGGAGUGGAGAGUUACUCUUGGUGAGGUACGUUCAGAUUGCCAAAGUACAAGUGCAAGGACUGAGGUGCAAGACAAUGAUAAAGAGUUAUUGAGGAACAUUGUCCAACAAAACAUAGACCCACAAAUAUGUGCUACAUAUGUGGUUCCUUAUGGACAACAGGAGACAAAUGCAGCUACGCACAGUAGCAAGAAUACCAACUGGCUUAAAAUGGCUGCUACAGCUGAAAAUGAUUGUGAAGCCAAAAGUUCACAAACAACAAAGUUGGAGUCUAAUGCAAAGGUUACCCCUGGAUCCCUGCAGCCAAGCUGUAAUGUUUUUGGUGUAGCUAUAAAACAGGAGGUCAUUGUUGAUUCGGAGCAGGUGCAGACAGACACUGUAAACAAAGCAAUGCCCAACUCUGAGCAUUCAACUUUGCCAAAACAACACAUUGUCAGAACAGGAACGCCAAAACAAAACCGCAUUUCUCAUAAGUCAUUUGUUCAAGUUUUAAAGGCUAAAGGAAGUUCAAGUUUCAGAUCGAAUGCGCUCCAGCGGUCCAUUAAAAGACCUUCAACCAUUCAAGCAAAUGGCAGCACCACACCAGUCAAUGUAGCACACUCACAGGGUGUAAGCCCCGCCCCUUCCCAUUUAUCCCUGUCUGUUCAGAGAGCUCAUUUAGGGGACAAACACGUUGUUAGCCGCACUGGUGCCCCCUGGAUCAACAUCAAACAGUCUUCAAGUUCCCUCCACACAAACCCUUCUCUUAAUUUAAACUCACACCUGGAUGGUCCCAGGCCAAUAUUUCGCUGUGGACAAUGCGGCAAAUGCUUCCCUCAUCCCAGUAACCUGAAGUCCCACCUGCUGACACACACAGGGGAGCGUCCCUUCUGCUGUGCUCUGUGUGGUCGCACUUUCACCAAGCUGAGUAACCUUAAAGCUCACCGCCGUGUUCACACCGGAGAGAGGCCGUACAGCUGUGCAUCCUGCGGCAAACGCUUCACUCAGAACUGUAAUCUCAAGCGACAUCAGAGGAUUCAUCUAGAUGCAUGACAGCGUAUUUAGAGUAUAUUUAGAAAAUGUGCUAUUUUUGUGACAUUGUUAUACAGGUAUUUGUGUUUGUUUUGAAGAGUUGCACACCAAAUACAUUUCCAUAUACACCCUCUGCAACAAAGAUGGAGUAGACAAUAGACACGCUGCAACUCUGGCCAAUCAUGGCUUUACACUUCUACAAACAAAAUCUUCUUUUGAUUGGUUUUGGUUUUGUUUAAUCAGUAGUAAGAAAGCCUGUGUGCAUAUGGUCAGAAAUGUUAGCAGAAAGCUAGAAAAUUGUACACUGUUAAAAAACCUUUUAAACUGUGUUUUAGA